UCUCCCCCGUUGCAUUGCGGCUUGGCUCGUGCAGUGCUUGCACUGACUGAGGACAGCAGAAUGAGCACUAAGAAGUCUCCUGAAGAAAUGAAGAGCAUUUUCCAAAAAUAUGCGGCCAAGGAAGGCGAUCCAAACCAGCUAUCAAAGGAGGAGCUGAAGCUGCUGAUUCAGUCAGAAUUCCCCAGUAUCCUGAAGGGUUCAAGUGCUCUAGACAAUCUCUUUGAAGAGCUGGAUAAGAAUGGCGAUGGAGAAGUCAGUUUCGAAGAAUUCCAAGCAUUUUUCAAAAAGAUAUCACAAUAAAGAAGCCAUCAAGGAGCCCCAUCACCACCUACUGAUUGAAUCCUUUGCAAUCAUAAAGAUCUAGCUGAGAGAGCAAGAUACUGUUAAUAAAGCAAAUUCUAAGACAUG